CUGAAGAUAUAUGGAGUUCAUGACUUGAAAAUCAUUGGUAUAUAUAUGGCUUGGGGAUUUGACUUCAGAUAUAAUAAGUGGAUCUGUGAUUGCAAUUUUCAUGAAUUUCUCCACCUGGCGUCGAAUUUACCUGAGGUAAUAUGGAGGGAUACUUUAAUGUACUCUGUGACAGCCCAGAUCAUCUCAAAGGAAAGGCAGUAUUAGAUUUGCCAUUGGAUGCAUUUGUGUGUAACGUAACAGACAAAUGUCCUCGAGAUUGUUUAUGUCAAGAUCAGCCCGAGAAAAAGCAAAUGUUGGUUGACUGUCGUGGUAGAAACUUUACACAUUUGCCGUCUACACUUCCCGACGGAAAUUUAAAACUGCUUUUUGAUGAUAACUCCAUAACCUCAUUGAAAGCAGUAGGUUACUUGCAGAGAACAAAAUACCUUCACUUGUCCAGAAAUAAUAUUAAAAUGAUAACACCUACAGCGAUUGACAUGUUGCAAAAUGGCGUUGAAUUUCUGGGAUUAUCCGACAAUCUCCUGGAGUCUUUACCGAAAAAGAUCCAGAACAUUCCUUAUUCUAAACUGGAAAUCAAAAGAAACCCAUUUGUGUGUAGCUGUUCCUCCACGUGGAUGUCACCGUGGCUCAGAAACCAGCCUGGGAACUACAACGUCACCGACAUCACAUGCUCCACCCCAGCCGACCACACGGUACAACUUGUGCGAGCAAACAAGAAGUUACUUAACUGUCAGGUUGGCAGUCCUUUUCCUAAGAUAUUCAGCGCUCUGUUGGGGACAUUUGCUGUCAUCUUUAUGCUUUUGUUGAUUCUUGCUGUACUGUUUCGCUACGAGCUGAUGCACCUUCUCCAUACAGGUGCGAAGAAGCUAAAGCGAACCAGCGAUGACGUUUCAGAGUACGAUUUGUUUGUGUCGGUGGACGGAGAGUGUGAAUAUGACAGAGUCUGGUCUAAGAAAUUACUUAACGAAUUGGAACAGAAUUACAACCUCAGACUGUAUUUUCCACUCCGUGACAUGGACCCUGGGACCGUGAUCACUGAUGAAGUCAUCAAGACGCUCAAGAGAAGCUGCGCGGCCGUCAUUGUCCUGUCCCGUAGCUACGUGGAAAAUCCCUCUAAGAUGUUCGAGUUCACGGAGACCUAUAACAUCAUGGUCCGACAGCGGCUUGGUCGCCUGAUUGUCGCAAGACUCGACAACGUCACCACUGCAAGUAAUGGCUACCUGAACGCGUUUCUAAGGCUAAAGAAGUUUAUUGAUGCUGACAAGUAUGACUUGUUCGAAAAGAUCGCGGACCAGGUUCAGGAGGAGAAAUCUUUGCAUCUAAACAAUCGUUCUCUAUCUGUCAGCGAAGUUGAAAUCAUCACGGCCUAAAGGUACUGCCUUUAUUGUGACAAGAUUUUGGCAAGAUCAAUACUGCUCUGUGAUUCCUGCUGUUGCAUGUAAAGGCUCGGUUCUUCACCAACUACAUCAAUGUAUUGUAUGAACCAAAUGUUAGUGCUAAAAGGUGUUCGUGAUGAAGCUUGUGUAUUAUUGACUUC